AUGGCAUUGCCGAUAAUUCACCCAAGAUUGGGCCCAGGCGUAGCCAUAACCCCACCCUGCAUCUUCCACAUAUAUGCCCAUAAGAUCUCAACCUCGAUAGUAUCUAUCCCAGACUCAGUAGUCGCCCAAGCAUCCACCUGCUAUGGAAUUCCUCGGUCUACCAAACGAGAUCAUCCUUCAGAUAUCCCAAUUUCAAUACCCCCAGGACACAAACGCUCUUCUAAGAACGAACCACCGACUCGCGGCCCUUCUAGCUCCCGCUCUCCUCGACAACACGUGUUGCUUGCAGUUCAAGCAGAAAGCUUCAGCAGCGCUGAAUGCUGUGUCGAUACGUCAGGAUAGGGCGAAAGUGAACAGGCUCAUCCACAAGGGAAUCAUCAACCUCUUUGGAGAAGGGUGGCUUCUCGGCCAAGCUGUACGCUCACGAAGCCUUGACGCCGUGCACACCCUCCUGGAGUGCGGCUUUGAAGCAGACGCUCGGGACUCGGAGGGUCUUUCGCCACUCUUCACAGCAAUCUACUGUGGGCUCCCGGGAGUGGUGGAAUUGCUAUUGAAGCAGGUGAGCGUCGACCUCAAUGCCGUUCUGAACCGCGGCAACUCAACCGAGGUGUACACGCCACUGCUCAUCGCGGCGGAGGAAGGCGAGGUCGAGAUUGUGCGGCUCCUGCUGGAAAGCACGGCCCUAGACAUCAAUGCGCAAGACCACGCAUACAGGACUGCGCUACAUCUUGCGGUGGGCUGCGAUCGCGAGGAAGUCGUAUUGGCUCUCCUGGCGGAUAAGAGACUCAAUGUCAAUAUAUCGAACCUUCUCGACGAAACAGCGCUACACGUUGCAACUCAGUACGGCUCUGAGGGGAUUAUCAAGACAAUGCUAGAGGACGACAGGUUCAAUGUGAACCACAGGAAUGAAGAGGGCGACACCCCAUUACACCUCGCGGCGUACAUGGGGCGCAGAAGGGUGGUGCAGAUGCUCCUGGAUGACAAGAGGGUCGAUCCCGAGAUCGAGGGCGACAACGGAGAUAGGCCUUUGCACUACGCCGCUCGAUACGGAUACCGAGAUGUGGCCAGGGUGCUCCUGGAUGACGCCAGAAUCAACAUCAACUCCAUCAACGGCUACCACAGAACUCCAUUGCAUAACGCUGUCAUCGGCGGCAGCAGCGGCGUAAUUCCACUCUUGCUCGCGGACCAAAGGCUCGACCCUAAUAUCCGGGACCUCCAUGGCCGCACGGCCUUCCAUACGGCCGUUCAUCGAGGACUCGAAGCCGGCGUGCGGCUUCUGCUCGCGGACGACAGGGUCAACACUAGCACCGAGGACAUCACAGGCUGCUCACCACUACAAACCGCUGCCACGCAAGAUUUCAAGAACAUCGUAGGGAUUCUACUCCAUGGUGGUGGCGUGGGGUUGAUGCGGAAAUGGAGCAUUGCCGGGACGUGA